UUGGGCCUCCAGUAGGUUCAGUCGACGAGAAGACCAGGCAUCCUACAGGCCGAGUGAGCUCUCAUUGACGGCAAUGACAGCAGGGAUCCUAACCCGUUCCUGCUCAUUCCUUGGCGAGCCGGGGAGAUAUGGGGAUUCCGCCGCCGGGAUAUCGUUCCUUCGGCGGAACCGGAGCGGCUUGCUGCUGCAGCCGCGAUCCCGGUGCGCUGCCGCGCUCCACUAUGAAGCAGAGGUGGGGAGGGAGGGGCGCCUCCUUCGGCGAGCCAGGUCGGAGGGCGACCUCAUUCCAUCGAACCGCCCGGGGCAGGUGGAUUUACAGGCGAACCGGUUCGAUAUCGGAGUCGCGGUUCCGGCGAUUCCGCAGGUGGAGCAAGUGGCGUGUUCCGGCGGGGGGAUUGGCAAGGGGAGGAAGGUCGGCGGGGGUAGGGGCGGCGGCGGAGGCGGCGAUCAGAACCACAACAGGAGGAUUGCAGAGCAUUACCAGCGGAUGCUACGGUCCGACCCUUCGAGCGCGCUCCUCUUGAGGAACUACGGAAGAUUCCUGCAUGAGGUGGAAGGAGAUGCAAAGGGUGCGGAAGAGUACUACGGGCGGGCGAUUCUGGCGAGCCCAGGCGACGGCGAGGUGCUGUCGCUCUACGGCAAGCUGGUGUGGGAGACUCACAGAGACGGGGAGAGGGCCGAAGCCUACUUCGAGCGCGCCGUCGAAGCCUCCCCCGACGACUGCUUCGUGCUGGGCUCUUACGCGCAUUUCUUGUGGGACGCCGAGGAGGAGGAAGAGAAGGGGACGAUGCAGGUAUCGUCACCGCUAGCUGAGGCUCUUUGAUGCGUCUGACUUGAUCUGACAAUAGGACGUACAUAGGCAGUGAGUACUCGGGAAGAGUCAGAAGGUGUAGGAGAGGACAGUUGCUGAUGAUGUAUUUGCAGUUGCUUUUUGUCUUCUUUCCUUUUUCGCUUCUGUUGUAUCCUUUGCGGUGAAUAUAUAUCUAGUUGUGAGGGAGCGUGCAGUACACGGGCAUCUUCUGCGUUAUGUGACCAAGAUGUCUAAGCAACAUGCAUAUGAGAGAUACUCUUAAAGCUAAUCCUUUGUUUUAAUGCAA